AUGAGGAACUGUGCCACUGAUUUCUACACCAACUUGUUCUCAGCAGACCGCUGCAGUCCAGAGUGUGCUGCCAAGCUGCUCGAAGGGCUUCCACAGCUGAACCCACAAGAGAAAACUGAUCUGGAUCGAGAGCUCAGUUUGGAGGGACUAACUACAGCUUGCGUCAUAAGUUUCAGUGUGUGGAUAAUCGUGUCCUGUGCACUUGCCCAUGCCUGCACAGUGCCUGUGAAAGCCGGUUGUGAAGUGAUUGGUGAAGAGAUUGAGGAUUUCCACGCUCAGGGAGAAGCUAUGGCCAUCACGUUCCCAUUUCUGGAAGCUUACAUUUGGUACAUGAAACUGCCUGUAGACAAUAGCACCACGUUCCAGGUGUUCCACAGCAAGCAUUGUGACCUCAGAAACCAGGGUCACAGGGUGAUACAGAAGGGUUGGGUCCUCUGGCUCCUCCCUUGUUUGCCCUCAGACUCAGGAACGUACACCUAUGUGCUCAGCAGCGACACAUUCUGCCUUACUGGUAGCUUCACUGUGACCAUCUAUGAGAAAGGAAGAGAAGACAUGGAGAUGAUGUCACAUCCUGUUUCUACAAAGCCAGCUGAGGACCUGUCCAUUGGAUGUCCGCACAUAAAUCAUUUCAACAGGCUGGAAAGUCCAUGCUGGUUCAAGGGUUUUCAUGAUGGUGUCCCGUUAAUAAAUGGGUCUCAUUAUGAAAUUUUGCCAGGAGACAGUCUUAUCAUCAGAAACGUUUCCACAGAGGACGAGGGCCUGUACACCUGCUGGCUGAUGGUGAUUUUUGACAAUGCACAAUACAACGUUAGCAGGACCUGGAAACUACAAGUAUUAUCUCCAGUCACCAGCGUACCAGAGUCCCACACAGAACCCACCACCAAAUCACGAGAAGCUACUCUGACAUCUCCCAGCCUGCCGCCUCCUUACAUAACCACUCCUGUAAACGGCUCUGUGAUUGAAAGUCAUCUUGGCUCCAGUUUGGUAAUUCAGUGUAAGGCGUUUGUAGGUGAACAGUCACCCGACAUCACUGGGCUCACCUGGUUGGUGAACAGCCAGUUGGUGGACAGCUCUUACCUGCGUGAUCGGGCGUUUCAGGAAGCCAGAAGGGUGUCAGCUGGCCAGGUGGAGGCACUGCUGAUCUUCCUGGAAGUGUAUGAGGAGGACACAAGGGCCGAGCUGAAGUGUGUCGCUCAGAACCUGUCAGGAAAACAGGAAGUUGGUGUAGAAAUUAAACUGGAAGACUCCAUGUUGGCAUGGUUAGUGGUGAUUCCUAUAGCCUCCUGCUUCUUCUUGCUUGUGGUGUGUGUGUUUCUGCGUCUGCUCUGCCACAAACAACACAAACACGACUACAUCCUGGCUCGACAGAACAGCACCUUUUAAAUGCCUUUUGUCUUUCCAAUGCACAUACUUCCCUUCAUUGGGGUUUGUUCAACUGUUUUUUUUUUUUAAAUGUUUUAUAUGUCAGUGAUUCUAACAGAGUAUAAAUAAUGAUGCUGUGUAUAUA